AUGCGAAAGCCAGCCACCGAACACUUCCCAGGAGCACGAGCUUACAUACGCCGUCUUCCCGGAUCCUGCUGACCUGGUGGCUAGAAGGUUCAGAAACGUGUGCGCGCGCUCGUGGCGGCGCCGGGGCGGCUGCUGGCGCGGGCGCGGGACGCGUACGUGGGCGGCAUGCUCGCGGUGGCGCGGAAGGCGUCGGCCACGGCGCUGCCCGGCGGCGGGCCCGAGGGCAUCUGGGCCAGGCGCGUGCCGCGGCGGAAGCAGCUGCCGCCGGCCACGGCUCGCGCGUCCGAGUUCGAGCAGCGGCUGGUCAUGGAGAUCUACAAGUCCAUCGUCGCCUCCAAGGAGCUCACCACCAUGCUCCACUCCUCCACCGCGCACCUGCAGGCUUCUUGA